GAGUAAGUUUCUAUUACAUCAUGCAUACCUUUGUAAUUGUGAUAAGAUUAAAACACAACAUCCUACUGUAUUUGAUUUCCGGAUAAAUGUAGUGUUUACUCUGCAGGAAAAUAUAGUCCUUGAUUGCUGCGUAUCAUGUGAUGACCGUUGUCGAAACCGUGUGACACGUGAACAGUUACUAGCAGUGAGAGGAUCUAAUCAGCGCAGUGCCGAGCAUAGACACAUGAUCAGUAGUGAUGUACGCGAAACCAAAAGACUAAUUCAAGCGGCUGCAGAGAAAAGUUUCGGCGGCAGUUUCAAUGUGAUCUGCUCAAAUGGAUCAUUCUCAUUUAUCACUCACACUGAAAAGUACUGUCAAGCUUCCGGUGCUGGCAUUGUUUGCUACGCUUUCAAAGCAGAUUAA